CGGAAAUCGCGCGCAGGCUGCUGGUGCGAUGGUAGGCCCAGUGGGAGAAUUCUGAAUUCUGCAUUUUAUAAACUUCAUGGUGGUGGUGUACAUUUCAUUGCGGUAACAAGAAGCAUGAUAUUGAAAAAAACGAAUUUCCAGUGAUACAGUUUUUUCAUGUGUCUGCAGAUCACAUGUAGUUUAAGGAGACUUGACCAGGAUUUUGUAUCAACAGACACAAUGGAUUUGUAUCAGGCAGCUGAUGAUGAAAUGGAGACAGACGGGUCAACCGAUCCGGAUCAGACUGGUUUAGUCCAGCAUGAUGGGAAUGGAUCCAGUUUGGACCAGCUGAAGAGCGAGCAGGCCCGACUGUUGCAACAUCUUCACAGCUCCGACAGUUUCACAUCUCUUGGAGGAGGGACUGGCCACGUGGCAAAUCCAGAACCGAAUGGUGCUGUGGGAGGUGGUGCAUCACCUGAAGAGCAGCAGGCCACAAGUCAGGCGGCUGCUCUCAGUGAGACCACCGUGGUCUCCCCGACAGGGCUAUCGAUGCCUGGGCUGCAGCCGUUCCCUCCAGCCAAGAACCAGCUGCCCAGCAGCUGGAGUGACUGCACGCUGUCGCCCGACGUGCCCUUCUGCCUGGUCAUGCUCAACAAGCAGAGCUGGGAGUUCCAAAGCAUCCUGGCCGAGUUCACCGCCGCCGACCUGACGGUGAAGAAGAUCGAGCGGGUGGAGAACCGCGACCUCUGGGACAAGUUCCAGUUUGAGCGGACUCGGAUGCUGAAGAACCGAGCAGAGGUAAAUGAGGUGUACCUAUUCCAUGGAACGACGGCCGACAAGGAGCAGAUCUGUCAUGAGGGGCUGGACCAGCGACUGAGCAGGAUCGGGUACUUUGGACGAGGCAUCUACUUCAGCAAUGACCCCAGGAAGUGUGUGUCCUACACCCAGGGUGACAAGGGCAGUGGACAGCCCUUACCGCAGAUGACCUGCACCAUCUACAAAUGCCGAGCCUUGAUGGGAAACAUGAAGGUCUAUCCUAAUGGACAGCACGCCAAGGAUCUCAAGAGAGAACCAGAAGUGGAAAAUCCUGAGCCAGGGGGCCCAAAGUACUAUGAUUCAGUCAAGGGUCACGUCAAGGAGUACGAUGAAUUCAUUUUGUACAAGAGUGAGCGGGUAAUGCCAGAGUAUGUCAUCUCCUGCUUCAUGCCGAUGACGUCUUCCAGCCAAGGUUCUGUGACUCUGCCUGCAGUCACCCCACUGACGAAUCACGGGGGUGGAGCCAAUAUGGUUUUGUACGGAGGCUUGGACCAGGAGGAGGUGAACGCUGAACUUGCCGCGGGAGUGUUGAGUACACAUUCCAAUAAGGGACUGUCCAAAGGAACCGACGAUGGGGAAAUCAGUGCUGAACUUGCUGCCGGUGCACUGGGACUGCCGAAAGGGACUGUCGCAAGGCAGACAGAAAAGAAGGCGGAAGAUGAUGAUGUCAGCUUGGAACUGAGAGCUGAGGCGUCGGAGAGGCCUCGGGCAGAAGAGGUUACGGAAGACAGCCAUCCCGAGCUGGAGGGAGAAGGACGGAAGGCAGACAGCCAUCUGGAGCUGAGGGAGGAUGGAGAUGUGUACGAGCAGCUGCAUCAAAGGGAGAUCCUGGAUGCCAUCAGAGCACGGGAGAGACGAGAGAAGGAGCAGCUGGAGAGGUUCCUGGAGUUUGAGAGGCAAAAGGGACCAAGGGAUGCAGGACGGAAGGAGUGGGCCAGAGAGGAACCCCACAGCAUCACCAUAAACCAAUUACAGGAUGAGGAAGUCUCAGCAGAAUUGUCAGUGGGAGGGACAGACACCACCGAUGCCGAGCGCGAACAGAAGCAACCUGCCCUGCAGAGGCCCACACAACUUUUGAAAUCCAGUGAGCCGAUUAUCACAGUGAACCCGUUGGAAGAGGAGCCCCGGAGGUACAAGAAGGAGACCAUCGCCCCCGAGUUCCUCCCCACGGUCUUGGAGGUGCGGGAGCGGGUGCAGAAGGCACGGCUCAAGGAGAAAGAGAUGGAGGGCAAGACAAAACAGACCCAAGGCGCCUCCACCACCUCAGAGCGCAAGACGCCACGCUGGGUCCAUGAGAGAGAUGCCCCGGCCUGGACCCCGCGGGAGUAUGCAGAGCAACAGAAACUGAUCGGCAAGGUCAGGGAGAAAGUCCGGGCGGACCGCAAGGCCGAGGAACAGGAAAGGGAGCGACAGAGGAGGUCCGGAAAGGAGGGGAGGUCCCAGAAGACGACGGACAACUCGUUGUCACCUCAGUGGAAGGGACAGGAGGAUGAUGGAGUUGGAGAAGUCAUGGACGUUCUCAUUGUGCAGUUCAUGGAAGUGACAGCGUGCGACGAUAUCACAGAGGCCAGGGAAUUCAUCCAGAAGGCAAACAUGGACGUCAAUACAGCCAUCAUCAGUUACCUCAGUGGCUGAGCAGUCCAUCUGGAGCUGAUUU